AGACCGGAGUGAACCGUGCACUGGACCGGAUCGUCUUUGGUUAGUGUCCGUCCGUUUCGAAGCGCUUUUGGCCGUGAGUACGAUCAGGUUGAGGGAAACUUUCCGCGGCGACUCGCGAAUCCAUCGAUUGUCCACGUCGUCGAGCAGGACGGUGAUUAGGCAUUGGAGCGGAAUUCCAAGGGGUUGCUGAUCCUCCGUCGAUCGCGAUCGUAAUCGGGGCUGACGUAUACACUACAGACAUCUAGUGGACCGGAGUUCCCUUUCGGGGAGGAAUACACUGUGAAUUGGGGGAAGGGGAACGUGGUUAGCGAUCAGCGAGGUAUCGGCCGUGGUAGUCAAAUCUGAACCCCGAUGCGUGCGUACGUGCGUGGAAAAAGUUCAACCGAAUGUGAAAUUCAAACAAUGUGUGUAUCCAAUGGUUAAUGAAGAGGAGAGAGUUUUGACAGCAGCAGCAGCAAAGCAAAAGACACCGAAAUUCGAAUAAAAUUGUGUUUUUUUUUGUUCGGUAGAUACUUAAAAGUAUACGCAAUCGUUAAAGGUGCAUAUCUUUCCAUGCCUGUCGCAGACGAAGAAUCACGCUUGGAAAGCAACCAACUCUCGUCGUCGAGUCACGUUGACUAACUAAUUUGAGUGCCGUGCGAGUAAAAGUUUUCGGAAUGGGAAUGUGAUUACGAUUGCGAAUGAAAUAAUGAAGUCAUCAUCGUCAUUCAAAAUGGGUUGAUCGGGGUUUUCGAGAAAACAAAAAAUGCUUCAAAUCUACCGCCACCGUAAGCACGGAAUUCAUAUAGAUCUCGUUCCGGUCGGACAUGCGUCACUAAACGGAAGAUCCAUCAAAGAUCAAUUUCGGUGCAUUCGGCGCACGCUGCUUGUUCUGUUCUGUUCUGCUAGCGGCGCCGUGAUUGAUUGGUAGUUUCUGAGCGCAUCAUCGAAUCAUUACAAAUAACUGACUUGACUAUCGGCGAGUGAAGGAAGCACUCUGGUGCUGUCAGAAAACGGCCAGCAAAGAAUCAAGAAAAUUGGAAAUUAAUACCCGACGAAGGAUAGACAAAUUAGCAACCGUCGGUCUCGACGGUCAGUCGGUCGGCCGGCACUUCAACGGUAUACACAACCAGGAAGAAGCUCGAAAUACCACUCAAAACAGCAGAAUGGACGACAAUGAGAACUAUUUGGAGUACCCGAAAAUGAAUUUUUCGCAGUUCUCGUCGCCCUUUGGCGGUGCCCUGGCAGCGAAUCAGUUCGCGGCGGCCAAGUUCCCGCCAAAUAUCGCCACGGCCAAUGGGCAGGUCCUCGGAUUAGUUUCCGGUGGUGAUGCAGGCAUGCAAUUCCUACGGCCGAUGGAUGGUAAUGCGAUGGCAGCAGCGACAGCCUUUCAGCAGCAACAGCAAGCAGCCGCAGCCGCCGCGGCAGCAGCCAACAUGCAACAAGCCACCCCCGCCUACAUCACCCUACCAAUCACGAUGCCCGGUGCGAAACCUGGCGAUGCCCAGCAAACGGUUCAGAUCCAAGUGCUCAAUCCCAACCCCAUGCCACAACCCACCCAGCAAGCCCCCAAAUUUCAGAUGGGUCAAAUGCAGAUACCCAUUCAGGGAUUUCAGCAGGGAACCACAGUCCUAACGGUGGCCUAUGGUCCCCAGGAUGAGGAAAUCGUGCACAAUCACGGCAUGGGUGAGGGCAUGACGAUAGUUGCCGCACUACAACCCCAGGACCUACAACUACUAGCACAAGCUCAAAACGCCUCGCUUUUCCAGCAGCAACAACAACAUCAUCAACAGCAGCAACAUCAAAAUCUCAGUUCGCCCACGCAACCCACAAUAAAAGUAGAGCAGAGCUUAUCCCCACCAAUCAGGCCCAUAAAACAAGAAGCUGUGUGGAACAGCAUCCCUAACCUGACGGCUGCCCCAGCGUUCGGCGCUGACAUUGCCGAAUUCCUGCAACAGCGAAGUCAAGGUCUCAAUCUACAACCGUUCCUUAAAUUCAACAACAACAACAACAAUGAACCUUUGGCCCACGGAGAUCACCUGAUAGGUGGUUCCAUACCGAACAUCCCCGGUGCCACCUACAUCAAGCGAGAGAUCAUGGACGAAAACUCCAAUGACAAUACUCAAUACGGAGCGGACAGUAGUCAAGCGGACAGCAGCUUCCGAGACGCCAGCAGUAUAUCAGGCGACACAAACUGCAGCACGCACAACGAGUCCGCAUCUACUCCAACGACAACGGCUGCGGCAGCCACCUCAACGACCGGCACGCCGAGUGAAGACGGUGCCCCAACCGGAUCCGGCAAGGCCCGGAAAAAGAGAAAGUACAAAUCGAAACCUCCGAAGCCGAAGCGGCAAAAACCGGGACAAGUGCAUAUCACGACGGCCAUCGACGGGACGGUCCUGUUCUGUUGUCCGGAGUGCCACAUGGCCUACCCGGAGAAAGAGUGCCUUGAGCAGCACCUGGUGGUACACAAGAUCGAGCGGCGGUUCAUCUGCGAUAUCUGCGGAGCGGGCCUGAAGCGGAAGGAACACCUGGAGCGGCACAAGCUGGGCCACAAUCCGGAGCGGCCGUACAUCUGCAGCGUGUGCAUGAAGGGCUUCAAGCGGAAGGAGCAUUUGAAUUUGCAUUUCGUCAUUCACAGCGGCGUGAAAACGGAGAUCUGCGGCGACUGCGGGAAAGGAUUCUACCGCAAGGACCACCUUCGCAAGCAUAUAAAAUCUCACAUGACCAAACGGUUGAAGGAGGAAAUGGCGGCAUCCAACGGAGGAGGUUCUGCCAACUCGUCGAUUCGCAACAGCAGUAGCAAUAACUCCCCUAUCAGCAACGGGCCGAGCAAUCCCCCGAACAACAACCACUCGGACAACAGCGUCUCGACGACUUCCGGGCCGGUGCAUGUUCCCCUAUCCCUGCCGGCGGGUAUCCCACCCGGGUUGACAAUAACUACCAGUACAAAUUCCAUGUCCAAUCACCACAACCCGCCACCGCAGCCUUCGCCCUUGGCGCAGGGUAUCUGCCUACCCCAGGGCGUUACGAUACAUGUUCCCACAGCAGACAACCAAACCCUCCCGGUGCAGAUAUCCCUACCUCAGUUGGUGGCCCAGCAGCAGACGGCAUCGGAUGGUACGACCAGUACGGUGCUAGUUCCGGCAUCGGAAGCCCUACCCCAGCUGGCAACCGGUGCUCAAUAGCAGUAGCACCCGCUGAUGGUCGUCGGUUACUGAACGCAGCGACCGAGUGACCGUCAGCUAACACCAAAUACCUAAUAAAAAGAAAACGGCAACUGCUAAAGGGACCCUAAUUCGAAUACUCAUUUUAAACACUCUGUUUUCUAUUUAGCGGUAGAUAGGACAAUUAACUUUUGCUUGAUCCUCAACGUUAAAGAGUACAGGAUCGGCAGCAUGCAGCAGCGAAUCCCAAAAGUCGUACGUGUAGAUCGAUUACGCCCUUGUUUUCUGUUGUUGAUGAAACAUCCCCCUGGAACGACAAUAAGCCACAAGAGAGAUAGAGCACAAAUUAUUUUGCGUAUUAUGUAUGAUUAGGUAGCUCGCCAAGUUUUGAAUCAAUAUAGGUAGCUGCAUGAAUGAAUGCCACGGCGGAGGGAUGUUCUGAAGCAAAAAGACAAAACGUGCAUUUGUUGGAACAAUUUCUUGUAAAUGUAAAUUAAAAUUUUACGCACCUCGUCUCGGCACCGCUUGGACGUGGCCCUUAGGAUCUAAUGGAAAUCUUUAUGUACACCUUUUCUUUUAAUAAGUUAAAUGUAUGUAUUUGUUGUUUCUUUGUUUUUAAAGUAUAUAUAUAUAUCUUCGUAAUAUUUAACGGAACAAACUUUUACCCUCCACUAUUUAUUACACCGCGCUGUAAACGAUCAUUAUUCACCAACCUGUUGUUAUUGCUAGUUUUUUAUCUCAUCAACCACACUAUUUUAAUCUAAUUUAAUUUAUUUAUUUGCAUCGAACAAAGUCUGCCUGCUAGCAACAGAAGUAAACGUAGAAAAGUUCUCUGUUACAGUGUACGAAAAGUUUUUUUUUCGAAUCUCCAGUUUGUUGAAUCUAUUAGGCAAAUAUAGAAACAAUUUGAGACCAACGACCAUUAUUUUUUACGCGCGCACAUUCUCGGAUAAGGCAACAAGAACCAAGAACGAAAGAACCUUAACAACGCAAACGAGUAUACACAGCAUUUCAAAACAGACAGGAAUCAAAACCGUAUAGGAUAAGGAUAAACCACGAGGAAAGCACAGAUAGGUACUGCGGUAUCGAAAUCGUUUUGAAACUGUACAUAUGGAUUUAUAUUUUUUUUCUUUUCUACGGAAAUUUCUCGAACCAUUGUUGAACGCGUAACAAUUAGAACCAUAAAGAAUACAAAAUUCUAUUUUUGAUUACAA